AAAAUUUUGGCCGGUCUAAAGAGCGACAUCCGAUGGGGGGAGCGACACUCGGAGAUGCACGGGUCAAGUGAAGGGGUCCCACACUUGGAUGAACUGGGGGAGGAGAGAGCACAGUGAGGCUGUCAUGUAAGCCGUCUCCUCUGGGGCCACCUCUCGGUGCGCACUGCUUCCUGCCUCAGGUAGAAGCCUCAGUGUUUCUGCUGCUGAGGCGUCAGGCUGCUCACUCUCCUCUCCUCUCCCUCCCGCUGAGAAGGCAACAGCUCCACUCUCAGAGCACUGAAAUGGAGAAGAGCUGCUCAGAGUGCUCAGUGCUGACACUUGCACAUAGCUUGUGUACGCUCUGCAACAAGUGGCUGUGUUACCAGUGCACAGAUGUGCAUCAGCAUCAAAGAGCCCCUGCCACUUCCCAGUACGCAGACAUGCACCAGCAGCAGAGGCCCAGUGCCAACCAGUGUCCUGACCUGCACCAGAGAGGCUCCAGCUCCCUGCUUCCAACUGGACAAGGCCCGGGGUCGUAUCCUUGCUCCCUCCUCAUGUGCCACUCUCACAGACAGGAGCCCUUGGAGCUGUUUUGUGAGUCAUGUGACCUUCUGUGCUGUAGCAGCUGUCACCUGUCCUCCCACAAAAACCACAGGGUGGUGCAGAUUGGGAAGGCCCUACAGGACCAGCAGUGGCUGUUUGAGAGCCUGAUGGUGCAGGUGGAUGAGAGGAGGUCUGCAGUGGAGAACAGUGCGAAGCAGAUAGAGGACAGACUUCAUGGAGUAAAGAUUGCACACAGGAAGGCAGAGAACCAGAUUAAAAUGGCAAAGAUGAUUAUGAUGAACGAGCUUAACAAACGAGCCAACCUAUUAAUAGAGCAACUGGAGAAAAUCUCUGAAGACUUCCAGCAGCGUCUGGAGGACCAGCUGCAGGGGGCAAUAGAGAUAUGUGGCCAGCUGGACCACGUUCAGAAGUUCAUCACCUGGGCUACGACCCACCACUGCAGAGGCCCGGUGCUUUUCAGCAGAGCUCUGAUUUCUCUCCAGAUGCAGCAACUGCUUGAGUCGUCGGUCCACUCAGACUCUUGGAGUCCUGUCAAGAUCAAAUUCAACUGGGAUGCAAGUUACUGGACGAAACAGAUUUCCUCUCUCGGCCAGCUGACUGUUGAAGGGGGAAACUGCACUUAUCCUCAGGGCUUGGCCUGCUCCAGUAUCCUGAGGCCUCAGCCCAUCACCUGCUUGGCUUUGCCAUCCGUGUGUCACAGAGGACGAGAACCAGGCUGUGGGUACCAGAACUGCUGCGAGCCCCAGAUGUGUUGCCUCCAUGGCAUUCCCCCUCAGCCUGAUCUGUCCACUUUGGAGAAAAGCCAGCUGGAGGCAACUCUUUAUAACUCCAGCUGUGUUCAGCCUGCCCUUAUCUCUGCCUCCUUGCACCAGAGCCAACAGCUCCAGAGGUGCUGGGACCCAGACAGCUCAUCGCAGUGUCCUCCUCCUUCAUCACCUGCCCCAGUCAUGGGGCCCAUCCAGCUCAACUGCAGCAGAGGAUCUACAUCCCAGCCUCAAGCUGCUGCUACUGCUGCCUCUCAGCCCCAGGCUCCAACUAAAUCUUAUCUCUAUCGCCAACACCAGAGAGAAGUUCUUCCAGACAGUCAAGCUCAGCCAAGCGCAGAUAGCAGCGGGCCAGACCAGCGUCAGGGGAAGCUGCCGCAGGAUCUCAGCCACACAGCUGUGGAUAGAGAUGUGAUGACUGAGGAGAACUGGGAGGAGAGGUGCAGAGUGGAGGAGGCUCGUGGACAAACAGCAGCGGCUGAAAGCAGAGAGUUGCUGGAUGUGGAGCUGCAGCAGGACAGAAGGGAGCUGAGUUCUGUCCAACAGCAGCAGCAGCAGCUCCAUGUGCCUCCUGCAGCAGAACUGAGAAAAGAGCUGCAGAGGAACAGACCUGCGCUGAUCCACAGAGACCACAGAGAUGGCAGGAGAUCCACAUCCCUGGAGGUGUCGGUGACAGCCGACGAGCGUGUGCCUGACGUGCAGAGCAGCAGGCUCAGCCCUAGUUUAACGUGCACGCGGAGGGAGAGACGCUCCCAGAGCAUCCCGGCAGAACUGGCAGCUCCAUCCACCAGCUCUUAUGCUGAGAGGCCCACAGGAUGCGCUCAUGGCCUACAGGCAGCGGCUGCAACUAAGUAUGUCAGCAUGGAUCCCAGACAGAGGAGAGCUUCAGAUGGGGUGCUUUGCGUUGUCAAGGAAACAUUGUCUGACACAGCGCCCCCCAGAGGCCACCGGUCUCCUCUACUGUCCUAUAAGACAGAACCAGAUCAUUGUUUCGCUUAUGUAAAUGAGGAGAUUGAUUAUGAGGCCAAGGGAAAAUUCAGGGCAUCAAAAAACAGCCACAACAGUAACAGAGAUGUUCAGAAGGACGCAGGAAGGCCCAGGGUCCCAGUGGUUUGCUUGGAACGUCUCAAAAUACUUGUGUCUCAGCUCCCCCCACAUGGACGUCGGCAGAGUGACCCUUUACCUGACAGCGGCAUGGAGAGGAGUGAAACUCUCCCGAAGCAGAGAACCUGGCAUGAUGCAGCACCUGAAGGGGUAACUGGAAACUCUGAGACCACUAGGAACACCCGCUUACUCACAGCGCCACCAUAUGCAGAGCGACAGAACCAUAAUCAGUCUACCCCACACUUAACCAACAGUGAGUUUGACAGCAGAGGGAGAGUCAGCGCUUGUAAAGCAUCCAAGCUUCCGUCCACUGACCCUGAAUAUGUGCCACAGAGUUACUCUGCACUGGAUCUGGACUCUGACUCUGACCCCAGAUCAGUCUCAGAGGACGCAGUUGUUUCUCAGGCUGAUCCAGACCCACGGCUAGACUCAUCACUAGAUUCUGACCCACAUGCAGAGUCUUCAUCUGAGGCUGAACUUGACUGUCUGGCUGGGAAUAAAUCGGCGGCAGCAGGAGAGAUGGGGCUCUGCGGUGAAACUGAUAUUGCAGCCGAUUCAGAGCCAAGUCUUGAAUAUGAAGCAGACCCAGAAUCAGAUCCAGGGGCGGGAUCGGAGGAUGGCCAAGGGCUGGAGGCUGAUGCAGAAUCAGGUGACGCUGAAACCGAGUCAGACAUCCAGCCAGAGUACGAUCCCAGGUUCCAGGCAGAGACGGACUCUGAGGUUGUAUCCGAUCAGCCUCCAGACUCUCAGGGCUCUGUGGAGUCUGAGCUCGAAGUAGAAUCGGAACCUGAACUGACAACCGACGACCCACAGCCGCUUCGCUCCGACCUGGAAGAGGAAGCCCACAUGGGUCCUGCUCCAAGGACGCUUUUGAUUGCAAACCCUGUCGCUCAAAGAGGCACAGAGGAAGUCCAGCCUGACCAGGAUAAUGCAGAGAUGGAGAGUGAGGACUUCUGCGCUGUGUGUCUAAUUGGAGGGGACCUGCUGUGCUGUGACCGCUGUCCAAAAGUCUAUCAUCUGUCCUGCCACAUCCCGUCUCUGCUGAGCUUCCCCUCAGGCGACUGGGUGUGCAGCCUGUGCAGGGACGUUGUGCAGCCAGAGGUUGAGUACGACUGUGAGAAUGAGAGAACAUCUGGAGAACAUGCAUUGCAACAUGGACUGCCUGCAUGUGACCAGAGAAAAUGCGAGCAGCUGACUCUUCUGAUCCUCAGUAACGUCCUGAGUGCUCCCUUCCACGAGCCCGUCAGUCCACUCGCUCGUCAUUACUACCAGAUCAUUAAGAGGCCCAUGGACCUGUCCAUGAUCAGGGCCAGACUCAACAAGAGGAAUACUCGACAUUAUAACUCAUCAGAACAGUUCGUUUCUGAUGUUUAUCUCAUGUUCCACAACUGUGCAAAGUUCAAUUAUCCUGACUCAGAGGUGGCCCAAGCAGGCCGCAGCCUCGAGGCGUUCUUCACCUCCAGGCUGAAAGAAGUUUUCCCAGACAGAGUUUUCCUCGCGGCUGAUGCAGACUCCGACAGCGAUGAGUACGAUGAGGCCUACAGGACCGCCGAGGGCGGUUUCCCCUGGCCAGAGAGGAGAGAGCAGUGCCACAGGAAGAGGAAGAGGAGACACUCUCUCAAGUCGAGGAAACAGCACUUCUAACCAGAGGUGGCUCGCGUGCAGCCAUGGACACAAAUAUGCUGUAUUUGUGGGUAAUUAUGCUGUUUUUAUUUAGCAGCCUGCAGGGGCUGCAACAGUGUUUCCAUUCUGUAAUCUUCUUUUGUGGUUUGCAAUAAUAUCACAGUGCUGCCAUCCGAUGGCAGCUGAACAUACUGAAACAAUACUUCAGAUAUCAGAAGUCUUAACUAAUGCUGAGGCAACUAUUAUUCCUGCUGAUCCAACUGAUCAGGGAAGUACAGUGUAAAUACCGAUUUGAAAAUAAAAUUUUGCAUAAUAUGCCACACAUUUGGACACACAUCUCUCUGGAGAAAAAAGACAAAUCAAAUAAAGUUUGUUGGGUUGCUCCUGCAACUUUAAAACAACCUAUCAUUGUGAGAUGAUACAGUAUGUGUUAUGAUAUUUUGGGCUUUGAUUAUUUGCUCCUGAUGCACUGGAAAUUACAUUUAUAUUUAGACUUCCUAAAAUCACACACCUGAUGUUAUAUUGUACAAAGGGGAUGCUGUAGUUGGAUGUUUAUUAAUCUCACUUUGCAUCUUUAUUAAGUGGAUUUCUGUACUUUUUUUAGGUGAACAUAGCUCUGAUUAUACACAGCACUUUGAAACUUUGAUAUGGGUAAAUAUUUACCAUAAACGCUCGACAUAUUUAUACAUGUGUAACUGUAUAGAACUUUAUUUUACUAUAUUUGUCAUUUUAAUUACUAAAUGAUUGCAGGCAAUUAUCAUAGGUUUGAUUAUUGAUAUAAUUAUGUGUCUCAGUAGCUUUUUAUGAAAAGCAGCAGUGAAACCUAUUGACUUUGUCUUUUUGACCAGAGUGAUACAGAAUGUGAGUGACUGAGGGCACUGUAACCAAUGUUAGAGCUCAUAUGUAUUUUUAUGUUUGUUAGGGGAUUUAAUAUCCAGAUGAAACAAUCCAAGAACAAUUUGACAUUUAGCCAUAAAUUAAGUUUGUGUAUACAUUAUGUAAGCUUUUUGUUCCACCAGUGUUUCAGCAAAAUGUUGUACUCUAUUAACUAAAUAUCUCAGGCUUAAUUAGAGUGUAAGGUAUUGAUAUCAUUCAGUAUUGGUGAUUAUUUGUAGAGCCACACUGUUGACAGAAAAUAUACCAUUUUAUAAUACUCACUGUUGU